GAGAGGGGGAGAAAGAGAGAGUGAGAGUGAGAGAAAAAAGUGCCACUGGAUGUAAUUGAUUGUCUUGCUAUCAAAAAUAACUUGUUAGUAAUAGUCGAUUCCGGCUGCUUUUGAGGUUGACUGUUUCCACUGAAGCAUCAGGGGUUGUCAGGCUGGUUCUCACUGAAGCUAAACCGUUAUCCAGGAACUGAGGACAGCAGUUGUGGCAUUUUUCUUAAAAACAACAACAACAACAACAACAACAAAGACUUAAAGUUCUCCAAGCCUGCGGCAUAAGCAACAACAUGCUGCUGAUCGGCUACAUCUAAUUCCACGGAUUUGGGGAUAUCUUCUCAUUCAGUUUGCUCCCUGCUUAUUGAUACUUUAUAUAGGCUAAACCGAACUAUUCUGAAUUGUUAAUUCGAUCAAAACUCUAACAUAUUUUCGAAAGAAGCUAAAAAGACAAAUAAUGACCUCCAAAGAAGACGCAAAAGGCGCCUCAGUUGAGGAUCGAAGGCGCAGUCCGUUGGACCAUCUUCCACCCCCUGCUAACUCAAACAAGCCCCUCACUCCUUUCAGCAUAGAGGAUAUAUUAAACAAACCUUCGGUCAAACGAAGUUACACAAUUUGCGGUACAGCGCACCUGCUUUCGUCCGGCGAGAAGCACCCAUCCACGGGCCAUCACCGUGCGCUACUCACCCAGACAUCUCCACUGUGCGCCCUGGAGGAGCUCGCUAGCAAAACCUUCAAGGGACUGGAAGUCAGCGUUCUGCAAGCGGCAGAAGGAAGAGACGGCAUGACACUAUUCGGUCAGAGGAAUACCCCCAAAAAGCGGAGAAAGUCGAGAACAGCCUUUACCAAUCACCAAAUCUAUGAACUGGAGAAAAGAUUUCUCUAUCAGAAAUAUCUGUCUCCUGCUGAUCGGGAUCAGAUUGCCCAGCAACUCGGGCUAACGAAUGCUCAAGUCAUCACCUGGUUCCAGAACCGUCGAGCCAAACUCAAGAGAGACCUGGAGGAGAUGAAAGCGGACGUGGAGUCGUCCAAAACAGUAGGCAAUGUACCUUUUGAAAAAAUAGCCAAACUGGCAGACCUAGAGAAAUGCGUCAACGGCACUCUCGGAGAUUCAGUGGCCAAAUCUCCAACGCGAUCUAACCAGGAACACGAGGGCACCAACAAACUGCACAUGUCGCCAUCAUCACCAUUUACAGACCACACGACAAGCAAAGACUGUUCAGAGGAUGAAGACGAGGAAAUUGAUGUCGAUGACUGAUUGUCCUUGAACAGCAUCGGCAUUAUUUACUUUUUCUGAGAUGAUCCUCUAAAACCAUUGAGUUGAAAGUGCCAUUAAUGCACCAAAUGUAUUAAAUGACUUGUACUGAAGGCAAAACAAAUCAAUAUAUAUAUAUAUAUAUAUAUAUAUAUAAAAAACAAAAAACAAAAACAAAGCAAGCAUGGGACAGUUUCUUCAGAUCUUUUAUUCAGUGAGAGUUAUCUAAUAUCGUAAUCAUUUAGCCUAUUCGUUUAAACAGACAGAUGAAGAGCAAUAAGUACCUUGAUAAUAUACUUCAGUCAGAUGUAAACAUACACACAAUACAGACACACACAUAUACGCACUUAAAGCACGAUUCCUCAUACAGAACUUUUUAUUUUACCCGGUUCUGAUUUUGUUUCACGCAAUUAUUUUAGGCUACAGAUGUUAUAUUGAUAUCUCAUCCGAAACGUGAAUCGCCUCUGCGUGCCCCAAUGAUGCCUACUGGCCUAUAAACGAAUCGUUUGAUAAACGAUUGUGUUAUAGAACAUUUCCUAUAAAAAAUACCGCAAGAAAAAACUGAAAAAAAAGAAAAAAGAAAGAAAGAAAAAAAAAGACUUCUCUGAUUAAAUCUGGACUGUCACAUUUUAAUAUAUUUCUUAUUGUUUGUAUGCCUGUAAGUGCCUUUUUAAACCAGGAAACCAUUUAAACCAAGUGUACAAAGUGUAAUGUAUUUAAAAGGAAAUAAAAAUGUCUUUCUCUAAAUUUUUGACGUUAGUCUUAUAAUUUUAUUUAUUAUUUUAGGAGCAAGCAACCCAAGUUAUAUAUA